UACACCACUCAGUCUUCUAACUGAUAAGCUCUGAUAUCGAGUGAUCGCAUGCUGCACGGUAUGGUCUGACGAAUCGCCCUGAUUGUAAAUGUCUCGAUAUACUCUAGAACCGCGCAGCAUUGCUGGGCGCACAUCGUCGCCCGCUCUUUCUCAAACAAAUCUCCUUGCGCAUGCCGCUGGUACAGUCAUUGUCAUUCGAGAUUUAUCUGCUUCGACGUCUGUUAAUUGCUUGUCUCAACGCUUGCUACACGUUCCUAAGCAUCAGUCGCAGAUCGCUGAAUCAUCCUCGAGUCAUGCACGAGGCAGCGUUUCCCCUGAGCGAAGCAAUUCAAUGACGCUCAAUUUUGAGGAGUUCGCUGAACCAGCCAAGGGCCGCGAACGUACAAAGUCACUGGUGAGCUUGGAUAUAAGUCCUGAUGGCCGGUACGUGAUCGCAGGGGAAGCAGGACAGGCACCGCGCAUCUUGCUGUGGGACUUGUCUUCUUCGAGUCAAGAGCCGAUUCAAAUCAUCUGCGUUCAUACUCACGGCGUGCAGCUGCUCAAGUUUGCACCUGACUCGAGGCGAUUCGUGUCGAUCGGCUACAUGCACGACGGUAAUAUACACGUCUUUGCGACGAACAACGCAGGCUCAGCCUUCCAAAAGGUGGCCACCAACAGAAUCACCAGUCGUCUGAAUUCGGUUUCAUGGAUAGGAGAUCGCAUCAUCACGCUUGGCACUCGGCAUAUCAAGGUUUGGCACUGUGAAGCUGGCAAAGGGCGACGGAAGAGUCUCGAAUCGCUCGACAGGCCUACACCACAACUUGAAGGCCGCAAUGCCAUUCUUGGUCAAUUUGUGCAGGAGACCUUCAUUGAUCUAGUGCAAUUGCACGAUGUAACAUGUGCGAUUGCCUGUGGAGAGACAAGCGUAUGCUUAUUGGACUUGGAUGAGCGUCAAGUGCGCCCAUUGCUCGAAGGACGGAGCAAAAUCAAGUGUCUAUACAGUGAUUCAGGAACAUUGCUCGGAGCUGGCGAUUUUGGUGCCCUAGAGGUUCUUCAAAGAGGUGGCUCUCUUGCCAAUCAGCUGUUGCAAUUUCAGUCGAGUGCAGUGGUUGAGAGCAUACUGGGGACCGAUCACUGUACCAUUGUGGCCACAAAAGAUGGUAAAUUGCGAGUCUACUUCCGCCAAGAGGAUCCAAUCAUUCUAGCCGGCAGUACUCCCGUGAUUCACUAUGCCGAGCGAGAUGAUGAAAGCAUCACAGUCGACAAGAAGGCUGUCGUGACGCACAUAAGAGAAACUGGUAUUCUGCAAACCCAGCUCGGCUGUGCCUCGUCAGUCACUUCUGCGUCCGCUUGGGAUCGGCUAGUUGUGCUUGGGCAUGCAACUGGAAGUGUAUCGCUCUGCAAUCUUGAAACAGAACUUUCAGUCAAGCUGAGAGCCCAUCAAGAUGAGGUUGCAAAUGUGUGCAUGCUCCGCACCGAAUGUGACAUCGUCUUGCUUGCCUCUGCCUCUAAAGAUCAGACUGUGCAGCUCUUCCAGGCCUCGUCACCGGAUGGGCAGGUCCCACCCACUCUAAAUCUUUUGCAGACUUGUGACGACCACACAGCAGCCGUCACUCAGCUUCUCUUGUUGCCGGACAUGCUUGUCUCUGGUGCAUCAGACAGAACAAUCAUCUUACGUCACUUUGCACUGAAUGACGGCGAAAUUGUGUGGAAGUCACGCCGGACUGUCAGUCUCAAGAGUGCGCCGACUUGCUGGGCUAUUCAGGAACCUGGAAUACUACUGGUUGCGACAACAGAUAAGAGCAUGCUACGCGUGGAUCCCGUUACCGCAGUCAGCAAAGAGCUAUACAAAACUGACGAGGCGAUCGCACGAAUGGCAAUUUCAGGGGAUAACCUAUGCUGCAGCCAUCUGAGCGACCGCUCACUAGCAAUUCGCUCAUUGGAGACUGGCUGUUGCAUCUCGAAUCGCGGAUUUGUACACACAGAGCGCCUCACGAGUCUGAUGUGGUCGAAGCGGGACCCAACUAUUUGUGUAAGCACCAGCACAGAUGGUCUCACUGUUCAUUGGCGAUUCCAAGAGCGCAUUGGCGCAGAAGAUGACGAUGUACCGGUUCGCAAGCCCAUUGGCAAAGCAGAGCUGCUCAAGCUAUCUUCUCCUCGCCAGCAGGCCUUGACACGACCAGCGAGACGGAAGGCAGAAACGCCGCGGCAGUCCAAGUCACCAUCGAGACCGCUGUCGCCGUCCAAACUCGGAGAAGGCCGUCAUUCGCCUUCACCAUCAUCAGUUCCAAUUUCUGCAGCCAACAAACGAUUGCGCUCGCCAGCAAGGCCAUCGUCUCGCAGCACAUUCACGACGAGCGCUUCUAGUGAUUCUCUAACAGCUACUGACACUACGCAAGAGCGCUUGCUAGAACGGACACUCAGUGCGCUUGAAUCUUUGUCGGCAAGUCAUGUGCGUAUUCCAUUGGAUGAUGCAGCGCUUGCACAGCUGCGAAGGGCGUCAAGCUGGUUUUCAGGUCAGGAGAAGCAGGUGCUGGCUAUGGAUGUUAAUGAGUUGAUGAAUGUGAUGAAGCAGAGAUUGGCAGACAAGAAUGAAGCAGCGUCUGAAGUAUGACACAUCUCUUGAUAAAGACAUGGACUAUGAGUUUAGGAGGCUGUAUCUAUAGCAAUGUUGUGACAUUGUUGUCCCCAGGUAAUUGCCC